AUGCCCAUGGUGACGCGGAGGCUGAGGGACCCUGACAUAAACCCUUGCUUGUCGGAAUCGGACGCGUCUACCAGAUGCAUGGCCGAAAAUAACUAUGACAAGGAGAGCUGUUCCUCUCACUUCUUGAAGUACAAGAACUGCCGGAAGUUCUGGAACUCUGUCAUGAUCCAGAGAAGACAGAACGGAGUGGAGCCGCCCAUGCCCACGGCAGCAGAGAGAGACGAGAUCUUAGGAGCAAUGGGGAAGAUGCCCUAUUGA